UUUGCACCCACGAGAUAGACGCAUCGUCCUAAUGGGAUCUCCUAAUCAGUCUUCUUCCAAGUUGUCAAGUCCAGAUAAACUCGUUUGUACCGAAGAUGCUAACAGACGGAUAUUGGAGCUUCAAUUUCGAAAAAUAUACAGGGAAUGCCAUCGUGCGCUGCAUGAGUUAUCCACUAGGUAUCAGGAAUUAAAUGAACUCAUUGAAUACGACGUGUAUCUGCAACGGUCUUUUUCCACCGACUAUGAUGCUAUUUAUGACAAUUUGUGCACAGCUUGCACACUCGUCAAAUGUUUCAAAUCUAAGACUUCUGAUUUCGUUAAUCUUCGUCAGAAAGGCGAGCCUAAUUCAGCGUAAUCUAGUUCCAAACAGAUUCCAGUGAGAUCACGAAGUUGUUGGAAAAAAU